UUGUUCACUUAGCAGAUAGAUACAUUCUUAGGAUUCAUCUUUAAAACAAUGCUGAGAUGCCCAAAAGUGACCCAGUCGAUGCUGGCCAGGAUCAGCAUCCGCCACUUCGCAGACGAGAUCCACGGCAGCGUGCGAGCGGCCUACGCAAAGGGAGAUGCUCGAGCUGAUCCGGUCAACGUGCUGCCCAAGUCCAAGUACGGUGGAAUCAAUACGGUCUCUCUGGUCACGGGCACCACCAUCAUUGGCCAGCAGGGAGCCCAAUUCGUGUCAUCCCUGCUUUCGAGCAGCCGCGUCCCUGUGGAGGUCCAAGUAAUCGAAGCUGGCCAGGAUGACGAGUACUUCCACUCGGUGCUCCGGAACAGAACUGCCGUUCAUGUGGACAAUCAGGCGGACGCGGAAGCCAAGCAGAAGGCGCUCAAGAUCUGCAAUGAUCUGGACUUGUACGUCUUCAAGACCCGGACACGCAGCUUUCCCGGCUUCAAGUGCCGCUUUCCGGACGUGGAUAUCCAGUUAAUCGGUCAGAACAACAUGGGCAUCUUCAACGAACUGGAAUAUUCACCCGUGGAGGGAGUGGUAGAGGCCCUGUCCGUCGUCUCCCAAAAAGCCAAUGACAAGUACCUGCAGUACGCCUUUAAGGCGGCUGCAAAGGCGGGUCGGAAACGGGUGACGCUGAUCAACAAGGCCAAGGAGUGGGCCAUUAGCGAUGGCUCACUGGUGGAAGCCGCCAAGCGAAUGCACUGCCACUACAAGGAUUGCCUGGAGCUGGAGCUCAUGGAGGUGGAGGAGGCCAUCAGCCGGCUGGUGACGGAGCCCACCUACUUUGACUGCCUUUUCGCCAGCGAGCGCUAUGCCACAUUCCUAUCCGCCAUCUGCAGUGGAGUCUGUGGCGGGGCUAAUCUCUUCAGUGCGGUGGAGAUCGGAGAUCACCAUGCCGUUUUCAAGCCCCUCCAGACGAAACUAUCGCUGACCAACUAUGCCAAUCUAAGUGCCUACGGCAUCGUGUCCACCAUUGUGGAUCUCUUCGAGCAUCUGGGCCACGAUAAGUGCGCCGAUGCUCUGUGGUGCGAGUUGAAGCGCACCAUGGACGAGGGCAUUCGCACCAAGGAGUUCGGUGGCCAGGACACCGGCGAGUAUGUCAUUUGCAACAUCAUCAACCAACUGCGAUGCCGAGCAUUGGGUAAAUAGAGAUCCUGCCAUAAAAUAUAUGAACGAAAUCACAAAAAAGUGUUUUAAGAAUCUUAUUAAAUUGCCUGUGACCAUUAUUUUUCCAAAAUAAAAACCAACAUUUUUAAACGUU